GUUUCACUAAAUGACGUAAUCUCUGUGAGGGCUGACAGGUCGCUGCUGCAGUAACGUUAACGACACACCGACACACUCAGAGACAACCGGCCCGGUUAGACACAUCUACUCUGUUUAUUCCCAUUAGGUCUACGGUUGUAGAGACGGUCCACCGUCUGUUUUUAGACACCGUCCCUCCGUUACUCCUGACUCGGCUAAACCGUCUGGCUAAUGUUAGCUGUUUCCUGGUCGGAGCUGCAGCCAUUUUGGGUUUUUACUGAGAAACAAGUAGCCGGCCGCGGUUUGGGGAGCAGAGUAAGCUAACGCAUUUUCAACAACCAAACAGCGCUGUUCAUUUGAUAAAAAGAGACAUUUCACGAGAGGAGACAGGUCAUACAUCGAGUCAACAAUGAAUCCAGAAUAUGACUAUUUAUUCAAGCUGCUCCUGAUUGGUGACUCUGGUGUUGGAAAGUCUUGCCUUCUUCUCCGAUUCGCAGAUGACACAUACACGGAAAGUUACAUUAGCACUAUUGGUGUGGAUUUCAAAAUACGAACCAUAGAGCUGGAUGGAAAGACCAUUAAACUUCAGAUUUGGGAUACAGCGGGCCAGGAGAGGUUUCGUACAAUCACAUCCAGCUACUACAGAGGUGCUCAUGGUAUCAUUGUAGUGUACGAUGUCACAGACCAGGAGUCCUUCAACAAUGUCAAACAGUGGCUACAGGAGAUUGACCGCUAUGCCAGUGAAAAUGUCAACAAGCUUUUGGUCGGGAACAAGUGUGACCUGACGACAAAGAAGGUGGUGGACUACACAACAGCAAAGGAGUUUGCAGACUCUCUGGGCAUCCCCUUUUUGGAAACCAGCGCCAAGAAUGCCACCAAUGUGGAGCAGGCCUUCAUGACGAUGGCUGCUGAGAUCAAGAAGAGGAUGGGCCCUGGGGCGACAGCCGGAGGAGGGGAAAAGCCCAACGUGAAGCUGACCCCCGGCACUACUGUCAAGCCUUCAUCAGGAGGAUGCUGCUGAGAGAAAAACCACUUCCACUUUGAACACCCCUACACCCCAACCCGGCCGCCAACCUCCUCUAAACUCCACUGUGUCCCAGUAAAACCCCCCCACCCCACCCACCCUCCAACAACCAGACAGGACAGGGAAGACAUGAUUCACAAUGUGUAUGUGAGAACAAGAUGAAGUUGCCUGUAUUUGUACUGUACAUACUGUAGCCGCACUACCAAAAACAAAUAAAGCAUCCUUCUUGUCAUACUGUCCUGUUAUUGAUGACCCAGCCCUGACCCCCAACCCCACCCCACCCCAUCUCAGACCUCUCAGAGACUACUUUUAUUUGGCCCUCUGAAUGCAGGUUCAUGAGAGGAGUGUGUGUGAGAGAGAGAGCGAGAGAGAGAGAGAGUGUGUGUGUGUUUCUCUGCAUUCCUACAGCUGGGUUGGUAAAUGAAUCGGUUUCAUUAAGGUUUCUGUUUGUAUAGAUCUUUUCUGUUUCUCUUUUCCCUCUGUGAUUAUGUUGCUGUUUAUAUCACCAUGUGUCAGUCAGUCUGUCUGUCUGUCUCUCAUUUGAAGGUGUUUUUUUAUUUUUCUCAUCAACCUCUGCACAGCAGUGUCUCACUGUCCAGCAUCUAAAGUCUAGUGCAACAGUAUAUGUACAUAAACAAUAUGUAUAUAUAUAUAUGUAAGAUCUGAUUUGCUAGUUCUGUAGUGUUCAAUACAUUAUUGGGAUAGUCUUGACUCUUUUUCUCUGCAUUAAAUCUGUGGCUGAAGACAACUGUAAGUUUGUUGCUCAACAUGUAACACUUCAACUUAAAAUAAAUAUUGUACUACCAGACUGUAUGAAAUGGGAGGCGCUGUCUGUGUAGAUUACCUGUUUGAAUUA